UUCAUUGCAUAUAAAAUUUUGCAAUAUUGUCUGUAUUAUAAUUUAUAACAUAGUAUUAAAUUAUAGCUUUGUAAUAUAUCAGAUUAUAACAGUCUUUUUUAAGAGUAUUAAUUACGACAUUUAAAGGGUAUAAUUCAGUGGUAAUUUCAAAUAAAUACUGAUUAAUAAUGAUUCAGGUAUUUUGCAACUUUCCUUUUCUUUCUAUCAAACUAAUUUAAUGGUUUACUGAUAAAUUCUUCAAAAUUGCCCAAUCUAAUUAUAAUAAUGAGUUUAUAAGACACUUACAAAUCCUUUUUUGAAAAAAUAUUCUACCUUAAAAAUAAUUAUUCGUCUGCCUCAUCAUAAGAAUUAACAAAUGUCUCUGUUUAUUUGCUGGCCCUCAUAUUACGUUUUCAUAAAAACAACAUAAAAGAGAGAAAAAAAUAAAUACAAUUUGUUAUUAAUGAAAUUGAUUUUUGUAAUUGUUAUGACGUCAAAUAAAGUCGAACUAAUUUUGACAGUUAGCGUUCAUAAACUGUGUUGUUUUCUAUUGUUUACUUGGAUGUUUAGCAUUUUCAGUAACGGAUCAUUUAUUGUUAAUGCAUGACAUGAUCUGGCGAGUUCGUUCAGAAAAGCGUGAAGAUAGUUAAAAAUAUCUUAGUCGGUUUUUGCAUUACAACUUUUUUUCCUCUCUCAUAUCAAUCUUAAGUUAUGUUGGAAGCACGCAUUUAAAUUGUGUAAACAGUUUUAACGCAAAUUUAUUUAUUGGUGAAAUAAUCUCAUUCGUCGUGUUACUUCUGGAAUUAAUUAUACGAACGAUGUUUUGCCUUUAUCAGUAUAACUGAUCGCCAGAAAUCUCUCAACAAGCCAUAGUUAAUGCAAUAAUUGUCUAAAAUUAGCAACUGCAGUUUUCUGAUGGAAAAUUAAAGUUUUCUCGUAGUUUCCUGACCAUACUUUGGAAAUGUCACCAAACAGAACUCCAACACCCUAUCCCGUUUUCAGAAGACCGAAAAGCAACACUAAAGACGAAAAAAAUGUCGAGAAAGAAGAUUUAAAAGAUUACUGCAAGGAUAUGUUGGCGAAUUCCAUGCUCACUGGAGUUCCUCAAAUUGUAUCUGCUCCCACUACAAGAAGCAGAGUUUUCAAAACCUUUGUCGUACUUGGCAGCUUUACUGGAUUUUUGUAUCAGACGUCAGCCUUUUUAGUCAUCUACUUCUCGUACCCAACGUUAGUAGAUCUUCAAGUUACCACUCCACCUAUGAUUGAUCUACCUGCUCUAACAAUAUGCAAUAGAAAUGGACUCAAACGUACAAACUAUUGUAAAAUGAAACCAGAGAACUGCGAACCAGUCGAAUACGCUGAUUUUUUUUGUCAGCGGUAUCCAGAAGCGUGUGAAAAUGGUCGUAUUAAAGGCAAUUCUUAUUUUCCGACGCUUGAAGCUCAGUCUGAGGAAGUGACGGCCACACAAGAUAUGAUACAAAAGGCAGGACAUACAUCGUAUCCUCUCAUAUCUUCGUGCCAUUUUGAAGGACUGAAUCGCACGCAUGACUUUUGCAAAAAUACAACGUUUAAAAGUUUCGUCUUUCAAGACCUGUAUGGCAGAAUGAAGAAAUGCUACAUAAUUAAUGCCUUGUGGCAGGAAGCUCGCCUAAAUCUACCCCAAGUACCAACAAGAGCAGUCCUUAAGAUGGUAAUAGACUUGGAGCCGGAUGAAUAUUUCAGAAUUGAUGAGACGGUGACUGGUCAAGUGGCCAUUCACUCUCCUUGGAAUAUCCUCAACCCUUUCAGCGAAGGAUUCUUACUGAAGCCAAGAAAAACAUACGUCAUACAUCUCAAAGAGGACAUAAAAAAUCUUUUACCAUAUCCAUAUCAGACGAAUUGCACAGAUUAUAUAAAGACAUGGCAGAUUAGAGGUGGGAAUGGACCACUAUCAAAAGAAAUGUGCAUUGAAGAGUGUAUUUUAAAUCAAACGAUGGACAAUUGCCAGUGUGUCUUAACUGAAAACUUGUAUCCACACAAUUUCAAGUUUUGUGGUGAAGAAAUGGACGAUUGUCUUAACAGUAUUAAUUACACAUUUUGUUAUGUUAGAUGCGCUCCUGCCUGUCAUGAUAGGAAUUUUGAUUACGAUAUAAAAGAGGAAGACGUAAUGAAAGAUACGAGGGUCGGGCAUGCCGUUACGCAUAACUGGAACAGAACGGCAAUUCUUCUAAUAAUUUUCAAGAGAACAAAUGUCAAUGUAUUCAGAUACAGAGCGAAGUAUGAUAGCAUUGAGUUAUUCAGUUUUCUAGGAGGUUUCAUCGGGAUAUGGCUCGGAGUUUCGUUAAUUGCUCUGCUGGACUUCUUAGAAUCAUUAAGUACUCUCAUUGUGUAUGUGUUUGAUCGUUUCAAAAACAAGCACAAGAUAACGAACAUUCAAUCAGCAAUAGGUUCUAGAAUUCGCAGCAAUUCUACAUUCUCUACUGAUUCCAUGCCAUGGGCUAAGGAUGCUAAAGAGCACCCUCGCCAUCUCGGCGUAAAUGUUCGUAAGGUUACUAAUGGACACUACUGAAGAAUGUCAUAAAUGGGUGAUUCUCAUGAAACAUGACAUUCACUGCCCCUUGCUCCAAGAUCUAAUACUAUAAUACUAAAAGAACAUUUUUUUAAAAAAAUUAAUAAAUAGCAUUGCUGUUAGCAUUUUAAAAUGACUUUGCACUAGCUUUGACUGCUUUGUAUACU